CGAGCGCGUUCACAUAGCAGGGGCUUCCUCUUCCCGUGCUGGUGCCCGCCACACAAGAAAUAGAAAAUGGCGAGUCAGUGUAAAAGGCAGCAAUGCACAAUCGACAGGCGCGGCUUUCGGCAGGAACUUGACUCGUGGCGACACAAACUCAUUCACUGUGUAGGUUUUGAGAGCAUUCUCGACGGUCUGUUUGGUCCAGAGCUGGUAGAAGACCUUCAAUUAUUUAAGGACCUUGAACCUACAGCAGUGUCUGACUGGUCAUUCGAUGAAAACUGUCUAUUCUGCUGUUUGAGACGAAACAAAGUAAAGGAACACUUAAUUGGCUUGAACGACGAGGGGCUUGAAAAUUCACCCAAACCUCUCCUGGUUAAAGAUCAGACCACAAUCAGCAGACUAGAGAGACAAGCCGAGGAAUUUCUCAAUGCAGUCCUCAGCCGCAAAGAUGUGCCAAAUUUCUCAGACCCACACAUUCCAGUAGUGGCUCGAGAGAUCCUUCAGAGAAUGAUCCGACAGUUUGCUGACGAAUAUACCUCAAAAACCAGCUCCCCUCAGGAUACUUGCUCAGAUUCCCAGCCUCACUCUGACCAAAGCCUGCCGACCCCACCAUUGCUCUCAGGGGCUCCUCCCUCUACCAGCCCUGCACCCAUUGUGGCUGGGCCUGCACACAACCAGAACCCCGUCCUCAGCAAGCUCCUCAUGGCUGACCAGGAUGCUCCUCUUGACCUCACCAUCAAGAAGCCCCUGGCUGCACCUGCUGACCAAGAUGGAGUUCUUGACUUAUCUAUUAAAAAGAGUCGCUGUAGCAGCAGCCUGCCUUCCCGUAGUCCCUGCCUUUCUCCAGCCACACCCACACUCAAAGGUGAGUUUCCUGACUUGCGUCUUGCAAAGGCAAAAGACCUGCAGUCCACAUCCACGCUGGAACAGUUCAUGGCCAAACUCUGCCCCCACCAUCAGAGACAGAUAGUAAAUGCCAUAGGUUUUCUACAGACGGAGGUCAAAGCACUUGCAUCUUCAAAUGCACAGCAAGACUCUAAUUCUACCUUUGGGAUCCAAGCAACUACUUGUUCAACUGCAAAAUCCAGUGCAGUCACCCCUGAGAAGUCAUGGCCCGGGCAAAGGUUUCCCAGUGAAUCCACUCUCAAGACAGAAAUCCAGGAUCUCUCCCAGUCUAUCCCAGGCAGCUGUGCAAUUACAAAGGUUCCAGAGAAUGCAAUGUCACUGAAAACAUCUGUUACUGCUGGCCCUGCUUUGGAUCUUCGCAGCCCUGGGUCAGGGAGUAAGCGGGCUUCGGUCACCCCCACUUUUAAUCCAGUGGACCCAGAUAACAACCGUCAUGGUGAUCAUGCACCUCUUAAGAUGAAAAUCAUGACUAGCAACGUUGCCGAUGGUAAGAAGUUGUCUUGUGUGCUCAACACCUCCCUUUCGUCUCACUCUGACACUUUGGAGGACAGAGAGGGAAACUCAAAUUCAUCCAACAGAGCAGAGACUCAAAGUGCUAGACUCAGCUCCUCUGUGAAAAGACACAAUCAGGCUAGUCAUUCACACCAAGCUAGGCAGAGGGAGAGUCUCGGGCAUGCCAAAGAUACAGCAUCAAAACUUUUUACAGUCCACAUGACCAUUCCUUCAGACUCUCCAAGGACUGCCAGGAAGACCAUCAGGGCAUCUUCUGAUCAUCGGAUCAGGGAUCCUGCUUGUAGGGGACUGGUUGACGCUGAUCUUGGCCACUGUGACAUUGUUUUUAUUGACAAACCAAUUACAGAGUGUAUUAAGGGUCAUCAGCGUGGCAUGGUACCACGCCGCAAUGCCAGGAAAAGCACCAGAGGGCAUAUGUAUUCAGACGAAAUCUGGGAGUUAAAAACUGUCCGUACAUUGGCUAGGAGGGGCAACUGUCCUAAUCCAAUGCCAGAGCUGAUCACUUUGGUCACCCCUAAACAAAUACUUUCAAAGCCUGACGGUGUACCACCUGUGGAUAUGCCUUUUGCUGGAGCAUGCAGAGAGUCACUGAAUCAACAAAUGUCCACAGAAGAGUCAGAUGAGAGUGUGAUACCAGGAACAGGAGAUAUGGUAGAGGAAGCAGCCAGUGAAGUAGAUGUCAUAGUUGAAACUAGUCAGACAGAUCAGUGCCAGAGCAAAGUGCAGUCUGUUCCUCCAUCUCCCAUAAGGUCCCCAAAGGAGAACAAAGACACCGAUCUUAACACAGAUGUAGAGCAGGAUACAACUGCAGAUUCAGAAAUGAUGACAGAAAUAGAAGAAUCUGUUGCUCAGGCGCCGUUUGAACCAGAAAAAGACCAGGAGCCUGUGGAGCAAGAGGACAUGCGUGAAAUUACCGAGCAAAUGGUGGCAGAUACUGUAGUGGAAACAUUAGAGAAUAUUACCCCUGAAGAAGUUGAGCCUCAGCUUUCAUCAGGUGAACUGCUUGAUAGUGAUCCUGUUCCUCAGGAGAAUAUUGCCCAGUCACCGGUAAAUCAGGUUGAGGAAGAGACAGAGGAAAAUAAAAGGGAGGAAAGACAAGAUGACCAACCUCAGGAACUUCAGUCAGAGACUGUGACACACCAUGACAACUGUGAAGUGAUAGAAGAGUCUAACACCGCAGGUUCAGCAGAGGAGCUGAUGGUGACAGAGCUGGAAAUUCAAACACCUGAAGCAGUUGAGGAAGUUAUGCCUUUAGGGACUGAAGAUGAUAGUGAUAACAACUGUGACGUGUCUUCAAAGACACUUGAUGCUCUCUUAAAGGAAUUACCCCCUUGGCGUAGAAAAAGAGGUACUGUCUUGUCACUGCCAAAGCGGUUAAAACAAACAGAAACUGUGGUAGUGGGAUAUGUUAACGGUAGACCCAUAUCGGCCUCUGACAGAAGUCUGCGUCGUAGAUCAACAAGUUUCAGCAGCACAUCACCUAAUAAGACGCCAGUAAAAUCUAGAACGAAUGUACCCAACAAGACUCAUGUUGAUUCAGCUAUUGAUGCAAGUGUUGAAAACAAAAAUUUGGACAAAGACCUGCCUGAAAUGCACAAACCUGUAGAAUCAUCUGAGACCACUCCUGUGAUUGAGCAUAUGGAAGAGCCAUCUUCUUCCACACCAUCAAGUCCACCAUCUAAAUUGUCCUCAAGGGCCAAACAAAUUCAGAAACCGAAGAGAGUUCAGAGAGGUCAGGAUAGUUUGCCCGUCCCCUCUGAUCAGCCAGGUGACAGUCCUCAAAGCAUUGAGUCCAAACGCCAUCUUAGGUCAGCCGGCCCGAAGCCAGCAGGAUCUCCAGCAUCAUUGCUCUCUUUGACUGCUGUCACUUCCAUUUCAUCUCCAAAACCUACUGCUACCCAAGAUCUUACAUCUUCAGAGAACCUCCUCUCCCUCCCCCUUCCUGUUACUUCUCCUCCAACCGAGUCAUCUCCCACUACAAACUCUGAACAGCCCCAACAGAACAUAGUCCCAGAGAAAAAUGUGGAAUUAAAUAUUGAAAAAACUCAACAGGAAGAGACGACCUCUGAAGAAAUAAAAAUAACUGAAGGUGAAAGUGGAUUGCAGGCCAAAAAGAACCUACGGUCUGCAAAGACACAAGUGGAAGACGGUCAGAACGAGAAACAACAGCUUAGCAGUGAGGUGUGGAGUCCAUUAGAAACUCAAGAUCCUGUGAAGACUGAAACAAAGCAAACACAGAUUAUGCCAUUAAGAAGUAAGCGGUUCCGAAAGGACGCAGAAGCAAGUGACAUUUCUUCACUGCAGAAGCCAAAUGUAGCAUCUUUAGUAGAGAGGUCCACAAGCGGAGAGGAUGGCAGUUCUUCCAUAUCAGACAAACCCACGAGAAUGCCAUUAAGGAGUGAGAGUAGUAAGUCAGACAUGUCCAACCAGUCUGUUACUCAGUCACUGCCAGUUGACAACAAGAAAUUAGCUUUGAGAUCACAGAGAUUUGCUGCACCCUCGACCAGUUCUCCUACUGUAAUUGGUAGACAGAGUGAUGUUGCUUCCCCCAUCAGAAUAAAGCCAGAACGAAUAACUAAAGCUCAGGUGAAGUCCCCUCCGUCAUCCGUUGCGUCUGUGUUCUCCCACAGCUCAGCCGUCCCUGUCAUUACACCAAGACUCGAGCCCCCGAAACAAACAAACAAAUUCUUUGAGACACUGACUGCUGAAGAAAACCAGCAACUGAUUACAAAUCUGAAUGUUAAAUAUGAUAAAAUGCAAAAAGGUUGGUUGCAGAUGGACAAAGAGGGUCAGCCAACAACAAAAUACAAAAACAAAGCAGACAGACAGGCAGCUAUAUGGAAAAGUAAACGCAGGGCGCGAAAAACAAAGUCUUUAGAGCACCAGAGAUACUCACCAGUCCAGAUGCUCUUCAUGAAAGGUUUUAAUCUCACCAGUAUUUGUCGUUGGUUCCUCGAAUCAACAGAAACUAAGUCCCUUGUUAUCGUCAAGAAGGUGAACACACGUCUCCCCUCAGAAACUCAGCUGUGCUUCCACAGCUCAUCUAGUGCUGCAGGGACCUCUCAAGGGGUAUUUCCAAGCCUACAGGCAGAGCGCUUAAAGAAACAUUUGAAAAAGUUUGCAAUCGCCUCUCCUGUAAAGAGCAACCCCAAGAGCCAGAAACUGAUUGCUAAAGCACUGGAGCAAGAGGCAAACGCAGCCAAAGGGAAAGAGAGAAGAGAACUUCCAAGUACUUCUCAGAUUUUGACGAAGACAAACUCCUCUAAAGCCGUUGUACAGAUAGGUGAAUCCCAGAAAUCCUCAGGUAAAUCAAAGAACCCAGCUAGUGCAAGGAUCUUGAGGAAAUACUCGAAUAUCAGAGAGAAAAUGCAGGUUCAGCAAACCAAUGUUAGGCUGAAAGAGGCCUCAAAAACCUUAAGAGCCAACAGUAUGAAAAGACUGGCCACCACGAAGUCUGCCACCAAGUCAUAUCUGAAAGCCUCUCUGAAGGCAAACGUGAAACCAUCUCUGAAGGCACAGAAAUCAUCCCUGGCUGUCAGUAAACGAAUGAAAGAGUCUGCAGCAAAAAUGGAAAGAAGGAAAACAUUGGCUGGGAAGAAAGCUACAAAGCAUCCUGUUCAAGUGAGGGCAGUCAGGGCUCAGAGCAGUAGUAGACCUGCAAGAGAUGCACGUAAAAAAGAAUUGCCAAAGAGAAGUUCACAACGACUAGGGUCUCCUAAGAUUUCGGAACAUAAACCUGUCGACUCAUCUAAAAGCAAGGUCGAAAACAAAAAACAAAUUAAACCAGAAAAGGCAGAGUUGGAAAAACCCGCUGUACAUAAAGUAAGUGCUGCAAAAAUGCAAACAAAGGAAACAUUGCAAGCCACAGUUGCUGAAGUCAAAGGUACCGAGAAUCCUGUAGAGACCCCGCGGCAGAGCAGGGAUGUCAAAGUUCCUGCCUCUACAGACCAGGUACUAACAAGAUCCCAGAGAAAAAUAGAGGCGACUGUCCCUUUGAGUCAUGCUGCAAAGAGGGCCAAGAAGUCUAGAAUAACACAAAAGGCAUCUCCUAAAUCAGUCCGGAAAGCCAAGGAACCCGCGCCGAAGACCCGAGGGGCUUUAAAGUUUCCUGCGAAGGCAAGUAAGGUAGCAUCAUUGCCACGCAGUGCAACAAAAUCAGCAACCAAGAGAGCUCGAGAGCUUUUAGAGACCCCGGCUAAGCGCACCAGGACAUCAAUCUCAAAGUAAAAUAGACAUAAAGGGAGAGAUCAUGUUUAUUUAGAGGACUUUGUGGUCGUCUUUCGUCUGAAUUUCUAUUCAGAAGGACCAGAAGUAUCUAUUCUCUACCCUCACCAAACUCUUCAGAGGAUACCUUUUUCAGGAGGCAAACGUGAAGAAGGAAGAGAUUUUGAAAGUCAUUAAUGCUUUUGUAAAGCUUCAGUGUGAAAAUGCAAAUGUGAUGGAUUAUUUAGCUGAGCAUUUGCUCUGUUCAGGGACGACACACAAGUCCUACACGAUGUCCAGCAGAUGUAGUUGCUGUUUGGCUUUAUGUUUCAGCACUCUACGGCAUGGCUGGAGAUAACAAUAGCCUAUCAAACUUAAUUUUAAUAGGAUGACAUCAAGCUGAGAGGUGACGAAUUCAUUCGCCAUCCAAUUUUUUUUGUUGUUGUUACCAUUUUGUGUAUAAUUGUCUUAGAUGAGAGCAUGCACCACAUUUACUGUUCAAGGAGCUUGCAAUGAGAGGGGAGAACAGCUUUUCAAUAAGAUUUCUUACUUACAGUAAGUAGGCAGCUUGUGUCUCCAGCCUGUCUUCCAAACGCAACAUUGUGAAUAUGUGACUGUUGUGACCAGGUGCCUUAUUUAUGAAGUGUAAAGUAAUAGAAUGUGUAAAAUGUGAAAAUGCCUGUCCUUUAGUUAUAGCAGCUUUUAAUAACUGGAGAGGCAGUCAACAUUCAUUUGCUUCACGGACUGUGCGCAAAUAGGUUCAGUUCCAUGCAGAACAAGCGCCGUGCGUCAUCUGUAAAUUUCCUAUGUUGACCGGGGCACUCGGAUGUUCUGCUUUACUGUUACCUUGACAGGUUUAUUUUCAUACGCACAUUCUUCCAGAGCAUUAACAUAAAACUGUUCUUAUUGUAGUUGUAUUAGAUGUUAAAGCAAUUACGAGUAUGAAAUGUUAAAACAGACAGCCGUGCUCUGUAUGUGUCAUGACAAGAGUUUGUAUGUUUUCUGUUGUUUUGGGUCAGGUGUCAUAACGGCGUCACCUCUGACCGUUGCACCCAAUGUUCUCUGCCCGUAAUAGUGACUUCACUUUGAGUAUUUUACCUUUUUUUUUUUUUUUGGUGCGUCAUGUUAAUUUGGAGACAGUUCCGGCAACUCUUGCCUUCUGAGAACUGAAACCCCAAACCAUAUUUAUGCCCUUGAUCUUUGAAUAUAAGAACCCUGUUUAAAACUAUGCGCACAUUCGUUGCUUGUUUAAAAAAGCUGUAAAAACACCUGCGACUUUGAGAAACUGGCUUGUGUAUCACUUUGUGAACCAUAUUUUCAAACAACAAAGGCCUGAAAAGUAUGUAUAUGUGGAUGGUUAGUGUGAAUGAAGUUAAUGGCCUGUUUAGCAUUAAUGGCACAGUGCAGGGUGAAAACAUAUUUCCCAAUAUUCACAAGCUGGAUUUGAAGUUUUUGGGUAGUCUAGUCACGCUUCUGAGUUGUGUAUCCAAGUAUGUUGCAGUUUUAUUAUUACGUUAUCAUUUUUAAUGUCAUUGACUGUCAGGCAGAUGUUCUCAUAAUGUGAAGUUUCGUUACUUCCACAGUAGUAACUUACAUUAGUGUGUUGUCAAAGGAAAAAUACAAUUUUUAGCACAGUGUUAUAUUUUAUUUUAUUCUGGUCAUUUCUCUGUAGAGGAUAAUUCAUCUGUAAAUGCAAAACAUGUCCGUCAUGUUUUUAUUGUUAUUUAAGAACUCCAUGUAGGCUAAUGAAGUUAGCAAACCCAAAACAGCCCACCAAAUAUCAGACUUGAACAUGUUUAUUCUUUACAGUUGCUAUUUAAAGAUUUUGAUUUUGUAUAUUAGAAAGAAAUAACUGCUUUAUUUGUGGUAAUCCCAAGAAUGAUACAUCUUUACGUUGAAAACUUUGUAUUUUUGCUGGAGUUGAUAUAAAGAUGUUUGAAUUUUAA